AUGGAUCCCACCGCCCCAUCCAUCACCUUCUUCGACAAGGACACCGGCAAGGGCCGGGCCACCUACAUCGGUAGCCUGCAGCCCGCGCGGAUGUUCCCGCCGACGGUUGGGAUCUGGUUCACGAACCAGGGCGACGAGGUAUGCGCCCGAAUCGACCCGCGUCGGUCCCGCGACACGCCGCGCCCUCGUCCCAUCCGAUGCCCGAGAAUUUGUCCUGAGAUUUGUUUCCCAACACACCCUCACUCGCGACGUCAGGUGUUCAAGAAGCUCAAGGCGUACUACGAAGAGGAGCCGUACCCGACCCAGGAACGGAUGGAGGAGCUGGCCGAGGAGUUCGGCGCGCCGGACUGGACCAAGAUUGAGAACUUCUUCAAGAAUAUGCAGCUGAAGCACCAGGAGCAGUUCCAGUGA